CUGAGCUUUACAGAUCAUAAGUCGAAUUACGAUCUCGUGUAGCUUGUAGUGGGGAGGAAUCGAAAGUCGGUCUGGAAGGAGUUGUGCACAAGCUUGUAAACAAAGCUAAAACAAGGGGCAGACAGGGGCCCAAGCUCCCUAGCCCGCCAUCAAGCUCGAAACACCCCGCAAACCGUCACACAAGUCAAGAUGGAUACCCCAACGAGCAUUCAGCAGCCACAAGGCCAACUUGCUUCGAGCAGCUUGCCCAUACUUGAUCCAGCACAGGCGCAUACCUUCAUCAAGCCGGUAAAACGAAUUCAUGAGGGUCAAGAUGUCCCCGCCUUUCUUACUUCGCAAGCCUAUCGUGAUAUCGGCAUCUUCGUCAUGCAACUCAACAUAGCUGUAUGUCCCAGAAAGACGGAUGUCUCCAAUAGAAAUCAAACAUGGGCCCUUGAUUCGCCGAUGUCUCAUUCCGAGCCAGUGCGGAAGCUACAGGCAUUACUCCAGAGCAUAGACUCCAUCAUCGAAGAAGCUCCACCAGAUACUGGACCCCGAAGAUUUGGCAACGUCGCUUUCAGAAAGUGGUAUGAACUUCUAGAAGGGCGGGUUCGGACUCUACUAGAAACUCAUCUACCCAAGCCUGUUCUAGAAUUUAGCACCAACUUGGAUGGUGGUGUGUCGGUUCUGGAUGAACUUAUCCCGUACCUUUUAGGUGGGUUUGGAAGUGCUCAAAGGCUGGACUAUGGCACAGGUCAUGAACUUAGUUUUCUUGCAUUUCUGGGCUGCAUCUGGAAGCUUGGUGGUUUCGCAAAGGAAGUCUCAAUCAAUGGUGAUGUGGAGCGAAGUAUUGUCAUUGGUGUUAUCGAGCCAUACUUGAGAGUGGUCCGCCGUCUCAUCCUGACUUACACGCUAGAGCCAGCUGGUUCUCACGGGGUGUGGGGAUUAGAUGAUCAUUCAUUCUUACCUUACAUUUUUGGUUCAUCUCAGUACAGUCCCGCUAUCAAAGAUGGCGAUGCUAUGCCACUUGAAGGGUCUCUCUCAGGAACUCCCAAUCCAGGGGAUAUCACGAAGAAGAAUAUCGUAGAUAGAGAAAGGAAGCACAACAUGUACUUUUCAGCGGUUGGCUUCAUUAACGAUGUCAAGACUGGUCCAUUUUGGGAGCACAGCCCCAUGUUGUUCGACAUAUCUGGGGUACCGUCAGGUUGGGGCAAAAUAAACAAGGGCAUGAUAAAAAUGUAUAAUGCAGAAGUGCUGUCGAAGUUUCCGGUCGUACAGCAUUUUCCUUUCGGCUCUUUGUUCUCCUGGAACCAAGAUCCCUUGGCUACACAGGCCACGACGACAGUCCAUAUGGCUAGUCAACCAGCUUCUCGAUCGAGUUCUGCUCGUAAUUCAACGACUCCCUCAAGCUCGGACGCGACUAAAGCACCGUGGGCCGCGGGGAGAGUGGGACCCGCGACAAGUCAGCCUAGCAGUGGGGUGACGCCAUUGAGAGCCCCAUGGGCAACAGAUGGAGGUAGUGGUAGAACUGCUGGAGGAGCUUCGAUGCCACCUCCGUGGUCUGAUGGGCCGACCAGAGCCCCUUGGGCUAACCAAAAACCUUCCAAGGACUGAAAAGGAGAAGAGAAAUGCGAGAAGAGCAAGGUACAUUUGCAGCAUUUAGCGGGGCGUCUGGUGGUUAAGGACGCGUCGUCCCGUACUUAGAUUGCAUUAGUGGCGUUCCUUCGGACUGUUAAAAUGUAAACAGUCCCCAUGUCUUUCAGUAUCUAGAUCACUGUACGAAGAAAUGCACCACAGAGACGUCGAAUGCAUAGGUGUCAACUUCGAAUUGUUACACCUAACGAGUAAGAUCGUGCAUGAACAUCUGGUUUCGAGCAUGAUCCCAAG